AUGGGUUGGUUUUAUCUCGGCUGUAAGAAAUGUAGCAAAAAAGUGGAAGGAAACAAAAAGAAGGAGACUUCUUUCCUGACAAAACCAAGAAAGCCAACUUUCUGGUGUCCUAAGUGCAAUCUGAACAUCACACAAGUCGUACCAAGGUUCAAGUUACAUGUGAGUGUCAUAGAUCAGACAGGAGAAAUGAAGUGUAUGCUGUUUGAUGGUUCAGCUUCUGAGAUCGUUGGACAAACUGCUCAUGACCUACUUGAUGGUGUUUAUGAUGAUGAUCUACAGGAUCCAUCCAAUCUACCCCUUGCUCUGAAGAAUUUGGUUGGGAAGACAUUUCAGCUUCUGGUGUUAGUUGAAAUUGACAACCUUUAUGGUGGCAAUGAGACAUACCGAGUUGGAAAGAUUUGGCCAGGAACAGAAGGGGUGAAGAUAGAUGACCUUGAUGAUUCAGAGGGACAAGGCAACCCAUCUCAAAUCAUUUCCGGUGAUCAGGAUAUUUUGUUGCUUACCAAUAGUAGUGAAACAUCUGCUUCUGAUUUCUCUACUCCAUCAUCAAAGAGGGUUAGAGAAAACGAUGAAGGAAACUCAACUAAUAAGAAGAUCAUGGGUAAGUCAAUCAUGUUUGAAAAACAAGAUGAGAAGGUGAUGAAACUGAAGGCAGUCAAACUGGAGAAAAUUGAGGAACAGAAGGGAGUGAAGAUUGUGAAAACGGAAGGUGGAAAACCAAAUGAGAAUCUCUCUCAUGAGGUGGACAAUGGAGAUACCAAAGAAUCAGAAUAUGCAGCGAACUGA